AUGGUCAUGGAGCCGCCGCCUCUCGCGGCCAAGCCCGCCGCCUCGCCGUCGCAGAACCUCUUCCAGGUCUACCUGCGUCUGCGUCCCCCCCCGGCCGGAGCCUUGCCGACGACGACGGAACGCAUCCUCGACGUCGAGGAGCCCGUCGACGGCGAGCUCCCUUCGCACAUCACCCUCAACCCUCCCACCGACCGCCGGCGGGCCAUCGAAAAGUUUGCCUUCACCCACGUCUUCGACGACGACGCCACCCAGCUCGACGUCCUCCACCGCACCGACAUCCUCUUCCUCGCCGAGGGCGUGCUCGCGCCCCAGGGCGGUGAGGGAACCGAUGCCGUCGUCGCCACCCUCGGCGUCACCGGCUCGGGCAAGGUGAGCCGGUCCCGAUGCCCCGAGACCCCAGGGCCGACCGCACCGCCGCCCGCCCCUGCCCCGUCCUGGCCGUUUCCCUCGUCCUCUGGCUGA